AUGUCGAAGGAACACAUGACCCUUCCCCUUGGGGACGAGAAGCACGAUCCGAUCAACGGACACGGCGGUUUGAGGCCUUCAGUCGGAACACCGGGCGCGAGCGGUAUGGGCGUUUCAGGUCCUCCCAAUCCUUCCAGUGGAGGAAUCUUACCCGGAGGAGCUGCUAAACAAGAAAAGAAGAUUCACCCGGUUGCGAUCAUUGGUCUGUGGAUCGCUCUGUCUAGCAGUGUGAUCGUGUACAACAAGUAUGUUUUGGACACCAAGGCAGGACUCAACUUUCCCUACCCCGUCUUCCUGACUACCUUCCACAUGGCGUUUGCGACUGUGGGAACUCGUCUCCUGGCGCGAUUCACACAUCUGCUGGACGGAUUGGCAAACGUGGAAAUGACGAGCGACAGAUGGUACAAGAACAUUCUGCCCAUUGGUGCCCUCUUUUCUGCUAGUCUGGUCACCAGCAACAUGGCUUACUUGACCCUCAGUGUCAGCUUCAUCCAGAUGCUCAAGGCCUUUACACCUGUUGCAGUGCUGCUCAUCUCGUUCGCCUUUGGCCUCAAGCAGCUGAGCGGCAUGCUGGUCGUAAUUGUCGGAUCCAUCUCGUUCGGCGUGGCCAUCGCCUCAUACGGAGAGAUCGAAUUCGCGAUGGAGGGUUUCAUCUAUCAAGUUGCUGCAGUGGCUUUCGAGAGUUCUCGAUUGGUCAUGAUCCAAGUGCUGCUGCAAGGUCUCAAGAUGGAUCCUCUAGUCUCUCUCUACUACUUUGCGCCAGUCUGCGCAGCCAUCAACACGGCUCUAUUGAUCUUUACCGAAGGUCUGGCACCCUUUUUGGACAUUUCUAGGCUCGGACCUUUUGUCCUCGUCACCAACGCAGGUGUUGCAUUUGCUCUCAACAUUGCCGCCGUCUUCCUUAUCGGAGCGGCUAGCAGUCUCACCCUCACCCUGGCUGGCGUCGUCAAGGACAUCAUGCUCAUCCUCGCAUCCGUCUUCUUCUUGGGAAGCACCAUCACAGGACUGCAAAUUUUCGGCUAUGCUAUUGCGCUAGGCGGUCUGGUCGCCUUCAAGACCCACAAGGGCUAA